AUGAAUAAAAUAUAUAUUAAGAUUGCUUUGGCACUUUUAAGUGUAGCCGGAUAUAUGCAAAAUAUAGCAUUUGCAAGCGAAUAUGCUCCAAGCGUCAAUUCUUCAACUGAAGUUAAAGAAUACAUAUUUAUCGAGCCUAAUGAAGCUGAACAAGCAGAAUAUAUUAUGGACGAAGCGUUAGAUCUUGUACAACAACAUGCCAAACAUACAGAUGACUACGAGUUAUACUAUAAGGAAGAUGAAGGAGCAAUUAUAUAUUUUAAGAGCGUAAACGGUACCGAAAUUGGAAAACUUGAACUUACAAUCCCUAACCCUGAUAGUUAUUCUGAUAUAGUAAACAUGUUAUGGGAUCCUAAUGGCGCAAAGAACUUUGAUAAUUCAUUCGUUAAUGGAAAAUUUUCUCGAAUAUACAAUAAAAAUUUAGUAAUUAGACAACAACGUUACGAAGGUCUUGUUAAACUAUGGCACGUAUAUUAUUAUGCAUUAGCCAGCAAAUAUGAAUUAUCAGAAGACACAACCGUAAUAGUCUUGGCUUCAUCAAAUGUGAAUGAUGGUGAUAACAGAACCUUUGAAACAUAUGUAAAUCCUAUCGUAAAAAGUGCAAGAUCAUUCAAUCCUGAAGUUCAUUCUGAAGAAGAUAUUAAAAUUGGAAGAUUAUACAAAACAUAUAUUAACUUAGUAGGAUUCAUCAUUAAAAAGGAAGACGAUUGUGUUAAAAUUACCAAUAUCAGCUCUAUUGAUCAUUGUCUUCUUCCUGAUACCCCAGAAAAGGCUAUUAGAAAAUUGACAGCCAAGAGAAUGUUAAAUAUGAUCAAUUUAAGGGAUAUCUUUUAA